AUGGUGCCUCCACGACUACUGCUCCUGGCCAACAUCGCCAGCACCUCGGCGUUCGUACUGCCUUUUUUCGGCCAAACGCCGAUGACAGUUGGGAAUCUCGAUUCUGACUUUAAAUGCGAUCUACCGCCGGUUCUCGAUCCAGCUGGCGAUGGGCUACCGUCGGCAACGAGCCUAUUCUCUUCAGACGAGGCAUUGGAACGGCAGGUGAAACGCCAUCAGGCAAUUGUGCGGGUCCCGUCUGUCUCCUACGAUAAUCUGGGCGAAAUCGGCGAGGAUGAGCGGUGGAAGCCGUUCUACGAGCUCCUUCCAGUUAUUCAAAAGACAUAUCCUACACUGCAUAAGCGGGCCAAGCUGGAAAAGAUCAAUACCUUUGGACUGCUUUAUACGUUGGAAGGCUCUGAUCCCUCUCUGAAGCCUACUGUCCUCCUCGCUCACCAGGAUGUGGUCCCUGUUGCCGAUGAAUCCACAUGGACGUAUCCGCCUUUCGAAGCCCACUUUGACGGUGAGUACAUCUGGGGCAGAGGUGCAUCCGACGACAAAAACAGCCUCACGGGCAUUUUAUCUGCUAUCGAGGGCCUCCUCUCGGAAUCUGACUGGGAACCUCGACGAACUGUAAUCCUGGCCUUCGGGUUCGACGAGGAAGUCGGCCUCAACCAAGGCGCUGGGCAGAUCAGCAAGGUACUCCACGAGAGAUACGGCGACGACAGUGCCGCCAUUAUCCUUGAUGAGGGCGGGUUUGGCUCGCAACCGCUUGAUGGAGACACCGUAUAUGUGCAUCCCGCGAUUACAGAGAAGGGCAAUAUUAAUCUCUUCUUCGAGCUCCGUGCCAAGGGCGGCCACAGUUCUGUUCCCCUGCCGCAUACGGGCAUUGGCAUUAUCUCUGAGAUUGUUGUCGCUCUUGAGUAG